AUGGAGACGGACCGGGGUCUGAGGCCGUGUCACUCGCACCUAGACGGGGUGGCGCCUCCCCCCGUUCAGCCCGUGGCGCAGGAGGUCACCAGCAGUAGGGAUGAGGCAUCCGCCCCUACCGAGACCCCUCCGCCUGGGGUAGCAGAGCCGUCACUUGAACCGCACCCCGCCGAGGGGCAGGAGCACACCACGGCACACACUUCAGGCUCACCUCCACGUCCCCCCUCCCCAGCUUCGACACCGGUACCGGCACGAGGCCCGGCCCUAUCCUGUGCGACACCACCUCUAUCUUCGCUGACACCCCCCCCGCGCGGGGCUGGUGAGUCGUCUCCUCCCCUCAUCCCAGGCGAUCCUCUCGGAGCUCAGGCCGCCCACGGGGUCCCCUCUACAGCCAGUUCCGACGCCACGGCCCCGAUUGACCCCGCCGACACGGCGACAUCACCCGACCAGGUCGUGAGUUGCCCCACCUGCAGGAGCUCUCUCGCGAACCGACGCGCGCUCCAGCACCACAUUCCCUUCUGCCAUCCUGCGGACGCGGCUCGCAGGGCGCAGGCUGCCCAUGAUACCGCCUCGAUCAUCCCUUCCCUCUCACAGCCCCGUGCGACCGGGAUGCAGUUCACCGACGCACAGUGGCAGACGCUCGACUCGGUGGACUGGACAGAGUACUUCUCGCCCGAGCGUAUCCAUACACGCCCUCUCCGACGUGUCCCGGAGAGGGUCCGCGGAGGAUAUCUUGACGUCCUCAGUGCGAUCCUAGUCCGCAUUGCCCAGGACCCGGAGGCUGCUGGCCCUACCUUCCUCCUCGCUGCAGCGCCGACUCUUUUCCUUGUUCCAGCGACGCCACCCGACCGCUCGCACACGGCUGCCAUUGCAACGCGCAUCUCUCCGCUUUGGUCGAGGCCAGUCCCGGAGUUUCAGUGUCUGAUCCCCUUCAUCGGCCUCUUCUACGGGACGCCCUCGGAUCUCCACUACAGGUCAGGCACGGGAGUGGUCACGAUGCACUCGGAGCGGGGCACUCGCCAGGGAGACCCUCUCAGCCCCUUCUUGUACGCUCUGACACAGCGUCUUGCUUUGGAGCCGGUUCUGGCGGAGGGGGAUGUCCAGCUCUGGUCGUACGCCGAUGACACGUACGUGCUAGGUCCCCCAGACAGGGUGCUGCACCACUUUGCCGAGAUCGUGAGGCGCUUGGGCGAGAUGGGCCUUGCAGCCCAGCCGCACAAGUGCCUCGUCUACCAGACGGAGUCCUUUCUGUCCAGGGAUCUGGAGGCUUUCACGGGCCUAGGGAUCGAGGUCGCACGCCGAGGGCUCACCGUGACAGGCGUACCGGUAGGCACCGUUUCGUUCGUGGAGCAGAGUCUCCCGGAUCGUCUCGAGAGGAUGGGGCGGGUGCUACCUUGGCUUCCGAGGUUGCGCCAGCCCCAGACAGCUGCCCGCCUUCCUUUCGGCGUGUGUCAGCACUCGUCCGCAGUACCUGUCGAGGACCGUCCCUCCUUCGCCCGCAGUGAUCUCCAGUUUUACACGAUCUUCCUCCCCAUCCGUCUCGGGGGUUUCGGCAUUCGUCGCAUGGCGCGCAUUGCCCCGAGCUUCGCUUCAGGUGAGCCAGAGCAGAUCGACCGGGCUCUGCAGACGGCGCUAGAGGGUCUCCCUCCUGACGUUCUCUCUCUCCUUCCCCCCUGGCCCUCUUGCGCUUCUGCCUCCCCCGAUUCCCUUUUUGCAGGAGCGAGCCGUCUUCUGGAGGCGCAUGCCUUGGAGGCCGUGCGUGCCCGUCACACCUCUCCCUUGCACCUUGCCCGUUUGACUUCCCUUCAGGGCGGAGGUGCAGGAGCGUGGUUGACGUCGGUGCCGUACGCCGACCCACUGCGCAUCCCGGAGGCGCUGUGGCAGGCGGCUUCAUCUUCUCGUCUUGGUCUCCCUAUCCCCCAGUUAGCCCUUGCAGGUCAGUGCUCCUGCGGACAGGCGAUUGACGACAUGACGGCGGGCUUCGCGGUAAAGGUGGAGGACUCUACGCUGUUCACACAGUUGGAGGCGGCUCGAGCGAGACUACUGGGACAGCCAGUGGUGGGAGAGGGGACACGGGCUGAGGGACCGGGGGAGCGGAGAGGCGAGGCGGGACAGCCGGGUGGCGGGGGACAGUGGGGACGGCACCAGCUGCGGGGUCAGGUGGAGCGAGGGACAGGUGGGCAGAGGGGACGGCAGGGGGAGCAGACGGGCCAGGACGGGGAGGGGGGACGGCACAGGCAGCAGCAGGAGAGCCAGUGGAGGCCGCGGGCCCAGGGCGCCGCGCCUCCAGGUUCGGCCUCGGGGGCGGGGCAGGGGCGGGAGCAGCAGAGAGCGGACGGAGGUACAGGAGGGGCAGCGGGAUUGGGAGGGGAGGGCCAGGGAGUGAGAGAGGCAGCAGGGAUGGAGCAGGGGGGUCGGGAGGGUCUGAUGGUUCUUGUGGAUGUCUCCAUAGCGGAUCCACAGCGGGAGGGGAACGUGCAGCUGAGACGGGCGACCCCCACACAGAUUGGAGUGGCAGCAGCUAGGCGGGUGCAGGAGAAGCUGCGUCACUGGGGGCCGCACUUAGAGGGGCUGCAGCCGGCACCCACACUUUUACGCAGGAUAGCACAGCGGAGGAGGGAUAGAGUCACACCCCCUGCCCCCUCAUGCCAUCCGCUCCCCCCGCCCCUACCCUCCGCGUGCCCGCUCCCUUGCCGCCUCUUUGACCCUCCCUGCCCCCCUCGCCGUUUCCCACCGCCCGCCAUUCGCUCCUCCCCGCCCGUGCGCUCCCCUCCUUUACCUUCUCCUCCCCCCUCCCCUCCUCUGCUGCACGCCUCUUCCUUCCCCUCGCCGACCCACUCCACUCCCUGCCCCUCACUCAAUCCGCCACCCUGCCCCCUCUUAUCUCGCCCCACUAUGCUUGGUUUCUCCCCUCCCUGCCCCUCGCCGCCUUUCCCGCCCCCCACCUCCCCCCUCUCCCUGCACCCCCCCACUCUCCCCCCCUUGCUCCUUGGCUUCCCUACCUCCCUGCCCCACCUUUUCCCCCCUCUGUGUGCUCAGCUUCUCCCCUCCCUGCCCCUCCCUCCUCCCCGCCCUUGCCCCUCGUUUUUCCUCCCCCCCCCCACCCGUUUUCUCCCCUCCCCGCGCCUCCCUUUCUUUCUCCGUGCCUCUCCUUUGCUCCCUCCCUGCCCCGCGCCUGCCCAUGCCCCUGUCUUUGGCUUCUCCCCUCCCUGCCCCACGUUUUCUUCCCUCCCUGCCCUCUGCCCCCUCUGCCCCUCCCUUGUUCCCCUCACCUUGCUUCUUCUCCCCGUCCCUGCCCUUGUUUCCUACCAUCCAUGCCCCUCGUUUCCCCCCCUUUGUACGUUCAGCCUCUUCCCUCCCUGCCCCUCCCUUCCUCCCCCCCUGCCCUUUGCUCUCCCCUCGUUACGCUCCCUUCUCCCCAUCCCUGCUGCCCUCUUACCACCAUCAGCCCAUCCCCACCACCAGCCCCCUUCCCACCCUUCUCUCCCCCCCUCCCUUUCCCUCUCUCUCUUUCUCACACACACACACGCACACUCCCCUCCCCCACCCCCCACCCACAUCCUCCCAUUCUGCCCCUCCCUGCCCCUUUCCCACCCCCUCGCACGCCCCUCACCUCCCACCUCCGUGCAACUGCCCCUGCCCGUUGCUGCCCCUCCCUUGCCCCCUCAACUCCCCUGCCCCCCGUACACCCAGUCCCAUCCAACCGCCCCCACCUCCCCCGGCUGCCCGUUUCCGCUCUCCACCCCCGCGACCGUGUGCGGCUUCCAACCGCCCAACGGUGGUGCGAACGGGGCGUUUCUUCCGCACGGGCAAGCCUCCCCGGGGGCCCCCCACCCCGCUGUG